AUGAAUACAAUAACAGCCUCUCAAGCCUGGGCCAUUCUGAAGCGACAUGGACGUGAUGAAAUAGCGACAUUGCGAUUGGAAGAUUUGUGCCAUGACAAGGAACGUGUCUCGUCGUUGGUGGUGGUCCACAACUCGGCAACGCCCGUGUCAGGGGAAGGAGGCAAUCACAAUGGCAUGAUCUUGAUUGACUUGUCUCGACAGCGCAUGACGCUGGAGACCUUGAAUCAUUUACUACGACUCAGUGUCACCAGAGGCAUUCGACAAAGACAAUCCUCCAGAAGAAGGGGGUCCAUUCUCUCUACUUCUCAUGUCCCCUAUCAACAUUACCAGCACCCAAACAACAACAACCAUCCAAACAAUAAUAGUAGUAGUAGUGCUAGUAGUAGACACGGCAAUACCAGUAAACACGCCAACAACAACAACAACCACCACGCCAAACAACAACAACAACAACAACACAAUCCAACAAAACCACAACACAAUCAAGCAGAUAUUUUUCCAGACGUCAUGCCAUCGAUGCACUUGGCCCUGCGAGCUCCCAAAGACCAAGGAUUGCACAUGCUCACAUACGAUGGUGUCAAUGCGCUCACGGGCAUUCAUCGAGAAUGGGAUCGUCUCGAACGACUCUGCAAUUCCAUUCGAAGAGGGGCUUGGAGAGGUGUCACGGGACACAUGAUUCGUAAUGUCGUCGUUAUUGGAAAAGGCGUUGCCAUUCAAGCACUCCAAUUCGUACAGGCAGCUCUGCUGCAGGAUGAAACGGCAAUCAUGGCCAGUCGAUUUGGAUUGGACAAUAGUUCGAGCGCCAUGGCAGCAGCUACCAAAGACUGGAGUGGUCGAUUGCUUCAAGUUCGUCGAAGUGCGGGUACUACUUCUACUACGAAUACUCCUCAUGCUAAUGUCCGACCCCGCAAAAUGGUCUUUCUCACGUCGGUCGAUCCAUUGGCGGCGGCAUCGUUGGUGGCGGAAUUGGAUGCCGCGAGUACCAUGGUGAUUAGUUUUGCAUUGCAGGGGAAUGAAGAAACCGGAUUGGCCACGGCGACUUUGAAAUCGUGGCUGCUGCAACAAUUGGCACCCAAAAAGGUCGACAGUGUACUCAGCAAACACAUGUUGCUGAUUACGGGAAAUGAUCAGAUUGCCACGACCAUUAACAAACCGGAAUCGGUCUUUCUCAUACCCGAGCAUUCCCGAUGCGAAGCAUUCACGUCGUUCUCGGCGGCUACAUUGUUGCCACUCUCCAUUGUGUACGGAUGGUCCAUUUGUGAACAUUUCCUCACGGGAGCUCAUGACAUGGAUUGCCACUUUGUGGAAACCAAUCCAAGGCACAAUCUGCCCGUCUUGCUGGCACUCACGGAUGUGUGGAAUGACACGUUUUUUGGAGCGGCGUCGUCGGGGCGGAUUGUGACUCCCUUUACCCGCUCCAUGAAUGGAUUUCCUGCCUUUGUCGCCGCACUGGAAGCACAAGCAUGCAGUAGCAACAACCACCACACGAACAAUCAACUGUCGUCGCAUCUGGCCACCAAUCCUCGUCCUGCUUGCUCGUCCCUGGUGUUGGAUGGAGGAAGUGACAGUGCCUACGAUCGAGCACUGUACCAGUCUUCCAAGAUUCAGUAUUCCGAACUGGUCAUGGUGAUGAACACGCAACUCAAGGCCAACACGGCGCGGAAUCUUGGAGCUCAAGGAAUGGAAGAUGUCUUUGCUCAUGCAGAUGCCCUCGUGUGUUCCCUCUUUGGCCAUGCCGAUGAAAUGGCAUUUGGUGGCGGAGCCAAGGAAGACUCUUGGAACAACAAUGACAAUAAUGGUGCUGCCAGUACGACCGGCAGUGAGGCAUAUGCCAACCAGCCCGUGCUGCCAAAACACUACUUUCAACAGCAAGAGCAUCUCCUCCGUCAACAGCAGCAAAACAACAGCCACAACCAGCAGCAGCCGCUGUCUUCGCAAGGAAACCGCCCCAGCACUCUGUUGAUUUGCGGAAAACUGGAUGCGUACGCCUGUGGACAGCUCAUUGCGCUGUCGGAGCAUCGGGCGGCCAUCAAAGCUAGGAUCUGGGACAUUGACCCCUUUACGCGGGAAGCGGGGCAUUCGUUAAAGCUUUCUCGUACCGAGCAAUUGCGGGAAGAUUUGCAACAGAUUUUUGUCGCUCAAGAAAUGGGUGUGGAAAGUGAUAGUGAUGAGGAAGGUGAAAACACGGGAGGUCUCAACUUGUCCACCAAGACCAUCCUUGGACACUAUGCUAGAGUAAGAUCCUAG